AUGGCUGAAGUUUUGGUGACAUCUCUUCUUGCUAAAUUGGGAGAGUUGGCCUGGUUUGAAACUCAUUUGCAGCUUGGUAUUGGGGAUGAUAUCAAGUUUAUCAGGGAUGAGCUUUCAACCAUGAAGGCCUUUCUGAAAGAUGCAGAGAAGAGGGGCCCAAGAGGUGAGGUUGCAAACAAGUGGGUGGCGCAAAUCAGAGAUGAGUUCUUCAAGCUUGAGGAUGUUCUUGAGGAAUUCCUCCUUCAAAUGAAGCUUCUCAAGUCAGAAAACUCAUGUGUACCUCGCUUGUUUCAAAAGAUGCUUGUCUGUCAUCAGUUUCGUUCUGAGAUGGAAAAUAUCAGAAAAGAGAUUGAAGACAUAUCAAAGAGAAGGGAACAAUACAACCUCCAAGAAGAAGGAACUAGUUCUGAUCAUGGAGAAGAAAGAAGGGAAGAUCGCAGCGCUGCCUCGCCUUUCGUCGAGGAAAAAGAUAUCCUAGGGAUUGACAGAAACGUGAAGCAACUGGAGGAAUGGUUACUACAGGAAGAAGAGGUGAAUCAACGCAAGGUGAUCUCAGUGGUAGGGAUGGGUGGUCUAGGGAAGACCACUCUGGUAAAGAGAGUCUACAAGAAGGUGGAAGCCUGCUUUGAUUGCUUUGCUUGGCUCAAUGUCUCUCAGACCUAUGAAAUGAAAGACAUCUUGAUACGCAUGCUAGAAGAAUUCUACAGUUCUAGAAAGGAGCCAACUCCAAAUGCCGUGGAGACAAUGAACGAAGACAAACUCAGAGAGAAGAUCCACAAGUACUUGCAGGAAAAGAGGUAUGUCCUUGUUCUUGACGACAUUUGGGAUAUUCAUGUUUGGGAAGGACUGAAACAUGCUUUGCCUGUAGCUGGGUUUGGUAAGAUAGUAUUCACUACUCGUGUAGAAAAUGUAGCUUUUCCACUUGAUGAGAAUUGCCAUGUCCACAAACUUGGUGUCCUACCUCAUGAAAUAGCCUGGGAGCUCUUCUGCAGAAAAGCUUUUCACACCAUCACACCCCAGGGAAAAUGUCCGCAGUACUUGCACAGAUUUGCUGAUGCCAUGUUAAGAAAAUGCAAUGGCUUGCCUCUAGCAGUAGUAGCCCUGGGGAGUCUCAUGUCCAAGAAGGGUAUGCCUCUGAUAGAAUGGAGGAAUGUCCUCGAGAAUCUUGAUUGGGAGCUGAAUCACAACCAAGAUCUCGAGCAGCUGAAUCGGGUCUUGCUGACAAGCUACAACCAUCUGCCUCCACAGCUUAAGUACUGUUUCUUGUACUGUGCUUUGUUCCCUGAGAACACUGAAAUUGAGCGGGAGAAGCUGAUUCGUUUGUGGGUGGCCGAAGGUCUCAUCGAGGAACACCCACGAAAGACACCAGAAGAGGUUGCAAAUGAUUAUUUCAUACAAUUAAUUGAUCGAAGCAUGCUUCAAGCCAUUGUUUCAGAUUUUGAUGGUGGCUGCUUGAAAGCUUGUAAGAUGCAUGGUCUGAUGCGCGAUGUUGCCAUUCACAUGUUUGAGAAGGAAGAGUUUGGCAUGGUCAUAACUCAGCAAAACAAUGAGACUGAGAGAGGAUGCCGUCGUGUGGCGAUUCAUGACACUCCGGCCAUUGAGUUUUCUUCGACUAUGAGCAAGUGGAAUAUCCGUUCCUUACUUGUCUUUGGCAAAGGUGAAGCUGCAUUGUCUUCUGUAAAUCGAAUUAUAUGGAGAGGAGCCAAGUUGUUGAGGGUACUGGAUUUGGAAGGCGUCAAGAUUGCUAGCUUGCCAGAGGAUGUGGGUGAUUUUAUUCAUCUACGUUAUCUGGGUCUGAAGAGAACACACAUCAAAGAGCUCCCAGCUUCCCUUCAGAAGCUGCGUGUUCUUGAGACCUUAGAUGUUAGAUAUACAAACCUGAGAAGCUUGCCUAGGGGAAUCAUCUGGCUGCAACAACUAAGGCAUCUUCUGUUCCAUUCUCGCAGGCAUUCUUUGCCAAUACCAUUAGGUGCAAGAAGUCUGAAACGUCUUCAAACUCUGCAUGGCAUGAGAACUGAUAAGAACACUGUAAGAGAACUUGGACACUUAACCCAGCUCAGGACAUUAUUCAUUGGGGAAGUGGGCAGUGGAGGAGAACACAGUGGAGAAUUGUUUCAGGCAAUCAAGAAGAUGAAGCAUCUCUGUUGUUUAACUUUAACUUCCUCUCGGGACAUAAAGCUUGAAUUGGAAUCACUGUCACCUCACCCGAUCUACCUUGAAGAAUUAACACUGGAGGGGAGAAUAGAACAGUCUUCAAUGUGGUUUGCCUCUCUCAACUGUCUACGCUUGCUCCACUUAUCACAUAGCAAGUUAAAAGAGGACCCACUUAGCACCCUUUGUCAAUUGCCCAAUUUGGAUACACUCUUCCUACUUGAUGCCUAUGCAGGGAAAAGAAUGGGUUGCAGCGGCACCGGAUGCUUUCGGAGGCUAAGCAAGAUGGUGAUCGUCGGCCUGAAGGAACUGGAAGAAUGGAGCCCCAUUGAGCAAGGAACCAUGCAAUGUCUUCGGUCUAUUGUCAUCGCGACUUGUCCGAAACUAGCAAAGCUUCCGAGAGGCUUCCAAUAUCUUUCUGCUCUCGAAAAGUUGGAGCUUGGGGAGAUGCUGGAGGAAUUUGUAGAUAGGCUACGGAGUGACAGAGCUGGAGAAGAUCGAUGGAUGGUUCAACACAUUCCUAAUAUUAAGCUUGUGCAUGUAGUAAAUGAAGAACUGGUUUCUGAAGUUUUAUCUUGA